AUGGUGGACCCAAACGAGUUCCCAAAGAUUGUAUCGUUCACCCAUGCAUGGCACACCAAGCCUUAUAACUUCAUUUCCCCGGAGCGCCCAGAACUGUCCGUCUCUGCGAAGAACGUGGUUGUCACGGGUGGAGGCACCGGCAUCGGCAAUGCGAUUGCGACAGCCUUCGCGCAGGCUAACGCAAACAGGGCAGACCAGACCGAAGUCUUCUAUCAAGUCGCUGACAUCACAAAUCGCGCCCAGGUCGAUCAGGCAUUGGACUCCGCCGUCAGUAAGGCAGGCAAACUAGAUAUUCUUGUCUCCUGCGCUGGCGUCUUGCCAGAAAACGGUCCCAUUGCUGCAUUUGAGGGGCCAAAACUUAUGCGUGCUUUUGAGGUCAACGUUCUCGGUGUCGUUAAUGUUAUCCAGGCGUUUGCAUUACGUGCCAGCUCGGAGCCUACCUUGCUGAACAUCUCGACCGGGACUACCCAUACGGUGCCCGUUAAAGGACAAGGCGCAUAUAACGCCAGCAAGUUGGCCGCCCUUAAGCUUGUAGACCAAUUUGCUGCCGAGAACUGA